AUGUCGGGAAGCUCUGCUCCCGCCUGGCGCCGGGGCCAGGCGAGCGGUAGCGGUGAGUUGGGUGACGCACGGCAGCCAGCCGAUCACGGUCGCACCCAUUCGCCCUCCAAUGGCGGCAACGGCUUCUUCAACAAUCGGGGCGGUCGCGGCCGUGGCCGAGGAGGAAGAAGAGGACGCGAUGGCCGAGGAGGCGGCGACCACUUCUUCCAAAAGAACCAGAACCAGCCCCCAGUCGACGAGGCAAGCCUGUACAACCAGCGCGACAUCAACAACCACUUCUUCAGCGACCCUGAGGGAGAACCCAUCUUUGGCCCCAACUCAUCUACUUUCCAUGACUCCAAGGACCACCCGGAUGAGCUUUCCUACCUGCUGCUCUUCUUCGGGGCCAAUCCGCGUUGGACUAAUGACCACAUCGUUUUCGCCAAGUCAAGACUCAACCUGCUGCCGGAGUUCAGAGACAAGAAGGCUGAGCAUGGCGAGUGGGAGGUGCCCAAGCUACAUGAGCAAGCCGACGCGCCCAACGCGACGGAAGACGAUGGUGCCUCUCAGGCUGCUAAGGGCACUACCGAGGGUACCCAGGAUGACAACGCUUCCUCGGUCACUGAUGAGGCAAAGCCCGAUGCUGCGCAGACGUCCACCCUGGACGGCACUCCUUCAGUGCAGGCUCCUACUGCCGACAACGACAAGAAGCCUGAAGUAGACACAGCUCGGUCUGGCGCAGUCGGAGGAGAUGAAGCUCCCGCCGUCGAGACUUCUGCUACCGAGACUGCCUCUGGUGAAGCCGCUUCAGCCUCCGCACCUAUUCCAAGCAGCCGAAUGAAGUACACCGAUGUCCGAAAGGAACUGGCUGCAAACGAGCCUGCUGCCGAGGCCACCCCGUCAGUCCAAGCUGCGCCUCAGGCUACUUCUACGUCUAGCAGCCGCAUGAAGUUCACUGAUGUCCGCAAGGAGCUGGCUGCGGAGACUCCCACCGAGGAUCCCGUUGCAGAUGCUACUGUCCCGACCCAAGCUACAUCUACGUCCGGCAGCCGAAUGAAAUUCACCGACGUCCGAAAGGAGUUGGCUGCGGAGGCUUCUGAUGCCGAGGCUCCUGCUGCAGAGGCUGCGCCCGCAGAUGUAGUCGCGCCCACACCCGCGCCCGCGCCCGCAUUUGUGCCCAGCAACCGAAUGAAGUACACCGACGUCCGCUUGAUCCCUCCCGAAGUACUGGCUGCCGAGGCCGCUGAAGCUGCCAAAGCUCGAGAAGAGCAGUACGGUGACGGUGACGUGCAGAUCACCCCGGCGGAGGAGUACUACCCCAAAGCCGAGCCGUUCGUGCCCUCGUUCCCAGCUAUCCCGCCCAUCGACUACAUCCCAGCCGCGCACAACCCCAUCGCCGUCUUCGAGGAACGAAAGCUGCCCUACUCGCCCUACCCGCGCGGCGGCCCAGGCGGUUUCCGGUUCGCCUUCACCGGCUGGUUCAAGGUCUCCCGCGUCAACGUCCUGGCCCCGCAGUCGGCCGAGCUCGUCCGCAUGCAGCAGCAGAAGUGGGAGCGGCGCGACCGCUUCGGCAACGUCUUGCCCACGAAAACGCGCGAUCAAGCCGCCUGGAAGGCCGCUCUGGGUGUCGAGUGGGCGGUUGUCAAGUUCGAGAAGCUGGGCGAGGGAGAGGGGGGAGAGGCGCCGCCGCCCCCUGCUAUCGAGAAGCUUCCCCAGCCUGGCCGAGACGAGGCUGAUACCAAGGGUGCCGGUGACAAGAUGGCGGAGAUGAGCCUGCAGGACAAGGGCACGGAAUCUGGUGAUGUCGCUGGUGAUGGAUCGGCAGAUGGAGGCGCAGAGGGCGGAAAGGAGGCGCUCAAGGAAAAGGCUGACCUUUCUGAAACCCCGGCCCAGAAGCAGGAGGCUUCGAAGGAGGUCGACAAUGACGCGGCUCCGACUCAGUCCGAAGGUCAGGGACAGGAGAACACCGCUCCUGCCUGA